UGACGUCACCCGAGUUUCGCGCCACAUCUGCUGGAGACCGAGCUGUUCAGAGGCACAGAAUAUCAACCAUGUCUUCUCCUACUUCAACUCCUGGUCGUAAACGUGGGAGGGACGCCAACCCUUCUACUCCCAGCAGUGAGGGUCCGACUUCUCCCCCCUCCCAGCGCCGCAGAGGGCAGGACUCCUCCACCGAUGGUCUGAUGCCCAUGCCCACUUCUCCAGUCACAGGCGUGCUCAGUCCUGCUGUCCCCCAGGAUACGUCACUGUUUUCCAGCCCGCGGCCUUCAGUGGCUCCAAAUGAAGUGGAUAUGAGCUCCCCGCUGAUGUAUGGGACGCCCAGCAGCCGCGUCGAUGCCACUCCACGCAGCUGUGUCAGGGGCACACCUGCUAGACAGCGCCCUGACCUGGGAUCUGUGAGGAAGGCUCCACAAGUGGACCUGCAGUCGGAGCCACAGAGUACCGAUGGCACUGCUGUGGGCAGUGAGACCAAUUCAGGGCAGAAGUUGGUCAUCUGGGGAACGGAUGUUAAUGUUGGAACCUGCAAGGAGAAGUUCCAGAGAUUUUUGCAAAGGUUUAUCGACCCAAACUCCACUGAAGAUGAAAAUGCAGGACUGGACCUCAACGAGCCGCUGUACAUGCAAAAGCUGGAAGAGAUCAGUGUUGUUGGAGACCCAGUUUUGAAUGUAAAUUGUCUGCACAUUCAGACCUUUGAUGCAGAGCUGUACAGGCAGCUCAUCAGCUACCCACAGGAAGUUAUCCCCACUUUUGACAUGGCCGUGAAUGAACUUUUCUUUGAACGCUUUCCCGACUCCAUCUUGGAGUUCCAGAUUCAAGUCCGCCCCUACAACGCCCUGAAAACCCGAAACAUGAGGAGCCUGAACCCAGAAGACAUUGAUCAGCUCAUCACCAUCAGCGGCAUGGUGAUCCGCACGUCUCAGCUCAUCCCUGAGAUGCAGGAGGCUUUUUUCCAGUGCCAGGUGUGCGCCUACAGCACGAGGGUGGAGGUGGAUCGCGGCCGCAUCGCUGAGCCUGCUGUGUGCCGCCACUGUAACACCACCCACAGUCUGGCACUCAUUCACAACCGCUCAGCCUUUUCAGACAAGCAGAUGAUUAAAGUCCAAGAGUCUCCUGAAGACAUGCCUGCGGGUCAGACGCCUCACACAACCGUCGUGUACGCCCACAACGACCUGGUGGACAAGGUGCAGCCAGGAGACAGGGUCAACAUCACUGGCAUUUACAGAGCGGUCCCUGUGCGAGUGAACCCAAGACAGAGCAACGUCAAGUCCGUGUACAAGACCCACAUCGACGCCAUCCACUUCCGCAAGACCGACGAGAAGCGGCUGCACGGGCUGAGUGAGGACGCCGAACAGAAGCUCUUCACUGAGGACCGCGUGCAGACUCUGAAGGAGCUGGCAGCCAAACCAGACGUGUACGAGCGUCUCUCCUCUGUCCUGGCUCCCAGCAUUUAUGAACAUGAGGACAUCAAGAAGGGCAUCUUGCUGCAGCUCUUCGGCGGCUCUCGUAAGGACUUCAGUCAGACCGGGAGAGGCCACUUCCGAGCUGACGUUAACGUUCUUCUUUGCGGAGACCCUGGUACAAGUAAAUCCCAGUUACUGCAGUACGUCUACAACCUGGUCCCACGCGGUCAGUACACCUCAGGGAAGGGCUCCAGCGCUGUCGGUCUCACGGCGUACGUCAUGAAGGACCCUGAGACUCGCCAGCUCGUCCUGCAGACCGGAGCGCUGGUUCUGAGCGACAACGGCAUCUGCUGCAUCGAUGAGUUUGAUAAGAUGAGUGACAACACGCGCUCGGUGCUGCACGAGGUCAUGGAGCAGCAGACACUGUCCAUCGCCAAGGCUGGUAUCAUCUGUCAGCUCAAUGCUCGUACUGCGAUUCUGGCUGCAGCGAACCCUGUGGAAUCCCAAUGGAACCCCAAAAAGACCACAAUAGAGAACAUUCAGCUGCCGCACACGUUAUUAUCCAGGUUUGACUUGAUCUUCCUGAUGCUGGACCCCCAAGACGAGGCGUACGACCGCAGAUUAGCCCACCACUUGGUGUCGCUGUACUACCAGAGUGAAGAGCAGAUGGAGGAGGAGUAUCUGGAUAUGGCUGUGCUCAGGGAUUACAUCGCUUAUGCACGAACGUACAUAAACCCGAGACUGAGCGAGGAGGCCAGCCAGGCUCUGAUCGAGGCCUAUGUGGACAUGAGGAAGAUUGGCAGUGGGCGUGGCAUGGUGUCUGCCUACCCCCGACAGCUCGAGUCUCUGAUUCGCCUGGCAGAGGCACACGCCAAGGUGCGUUUCUCGGAGAAGGUGGAGACGAUCGACGUAGAAGAGGCCAAGAGGCUGCACAGAGAGGCCCUUAAACAGUCUGCUACUGACCCCAGGACCGGCUUUGUGGACAUCUCCAUCCUCACCACAGGGAUGAGCGCCACGGCUCGUAAGCGCAAGGAGGAGGUGGCUCAGGCACUGAAGAAACUGAUUCAAACCAAAGGAAAGACCCCGGCCAUGAAAUACCAGCAGCUGCUCGAGGACCUCCGAGGACAAUCUGAAGCGGCCAUCACCAAGGAGCUGUUUGACGAGGCUCUGCGGGCUCUGGCUGAUGAAGAUUAUUUGACAGUGACAGGGAAAACGGUCCGUCUGCUCGCCUAAAGCCUCUUCAGUUUCUACAGUUACUUUUCCAGAUUCUUGUAUGAUUAAAAUUACAUUGUGAAGAAAAAAAUUACCGAAACUUGUUAAUGUUUUGUCUUGCUGUAAAUGCUCUGUAGAAAGUUUGAUGUGGUGAGUCAACCUUGUGCUUUAAUGUGUCUUAAUUAUGUUAUUGUUAAAAAUGUUUGCUGGCGUUGAUCACUAUAUAUUAAAUACUUAAAACAACAAUAUGCUUUAUAAUUGGCUCAUUAUGUGCAGCUGAUGUUCAGUUGUUGUGUCAUUAACAGUAGUUAAAUAAAUAAAUGUCAC